CCGGGAGCUGGAUUGUACUGCGCAAAACCUGGAGUCCGGAUCCUGACUUGACGUCAGUGGUAGCCAUUAAAGCCGUCUUUUGACAGUCGGAGGUUGGGUACCGACUGCAAUAGAUCCGAGCAUCUUGUUGUAACAUUGAAUGGGAACAAUCAUUAGUAAGAGACCAAUAUCUCGUAAAACCUAGGGUGUUUCUUUUUUCUCAAAAGUGUCUCUGAACACGCCGCAGUGUGGAGAAGAACACGUCGCAGAGCCGAGGAAUAAUAAAGCGCUUAGCUAAAAGGACGCAGUUUGUAUCCUGCAGUAGGCUAACCACUGCAGGUUUGCUUGUUGUUUGGCAAAGGUAAAUGCGUGGCUGAUUUUGGCUUUUUAUUACAUACCAGUACAAGUACUCUUACUUAAAAUAAGAAACAAAACAGGGAAGUAGGUGACACGAAAUAAACAACACUAAAGCGAAAAAUUGGAAAAUGACGUCGUGUUCAGGAUUACAGAAAAGGGAGCAAUAGGGUUUUCACAUUAAACUUCCUAAUGGUGGCUUGAAUUGUUGAAUUUGAAUUUAAAUUUGUGUGGAAAUGGGAGCUCUGACGAGUAGGCAAAAUGCUGGUGUGGAAGAGGUCGACAUUCCUUCUAAUUCUGUCUACCGAUAUCCGCCGAAAUCCGGUAGCUACUUUGCCAGCCAUUUCAUCAUGGGUGGGGAGAAGUUUGACUCCACCCACCCAGAAGGCUAUCUGUUUGGGGAGAACACUGAUCUCAACUUCCUUGGGAACAGACCAGUUCCUUUCCCCUAUGCUGCCCCUCCACCUCAGGAACCAGUUAAGACCCUGCGUAGCCUCAUAAACAUACGCAAGGAUACACUGAGACUUGUGCGGUGCAGUGAGGAUGUGAAGUUGCCCAGAGAGGACGUAGGGAAGGGCCGUUCCUGUUAUAAUGUGGAGUUCACCUUCGACGCUGACACUCAAGUUGCCAUUACAAUAUUCUACCAGGCCAUAGAGGAGUUCCACAAUGGCGUGCCUGUUUACCUGCCGCAGGAUAGCUCUCUCCAGUCUGAGACUGUGCACUUCAAGAGAGGAGUCUGCCAGCAGUUUUGUCUGCCUUCUCACUCUGUAAACCUCUCAGAGUGGGGUGAUGAAGAGCUUCUGUUUGACAUGGACAAAGACAUCUACCCCAUGGUAGUGCAGGCAGUGGUGGAUGAGGGGGAAGAGCAUUUAGGUCAUUCACAUGUACUCCUUGCCACUUUUGAGAAGCACAUGGACGGAAGCUACUGUGUGAAACCUCUGAAGCAGAAACAAGUGGUGGAUGGUGUCAGUUACCUUCUUCAGGAAAUUUAUGGCAUUGAGAACAAAUACAACAGUCAGGAGAAUAAGGUGGCGGAUGAUGAGAUUAGCGACAACAGCGCGGAGUGCGUGGUGUGUCUCUCUGAUGUCCGUGACACCCUCAUCCUGCCAUGCAGACACCUGUGCCUCUGCAAUGCCUGCGCAGACACGCUGCGCUACCAGGCCAACUGCUGCCCCAUCUGCCGACUGCCCUUUCGAGCUCUGCUGCAGAUUCGUGCAAUGAGGAAAAAGCUGAGCCCGCUCACCCCCUCAGGCUUCAACCCUGUCAUCACCUCCCAGACGUCAGACUCAGAGGAGCACUCGGCCUCUGAACACAUUCCACCUGGUUAUGAGGCUGUGUCACUUCUGGAGGCCCUCAACGGUCCUCUCAGCCCGUCUCCAUCUGCCCCCCCAUUACAAAACCUGACUGGGGGGCAUGUUUCUGGGACCCUGCCAUCGUAUGGAAAUGAGAGUCAUCCCCAACCUGCCCGCUCUCUCUCGCCUCUUGAACGUUCCAUUGACUCCAGCCAGGGCCUGAAGCUCAAGAAGAGUGGUUCUAAGUCCCUUUCCCAGAAUUCCUCUGUACUUCCUGAGGAGGAAGAUGAGAAGUCGUGCAGUGAGUCAGAGGUCCAGGCAUGUCGGAGGAAGAUGGUUGCCGACCAGCAAGAGUGUGGUGUGACUCCAGAGAGUGAGAACCUGACCCUGUCAUCCUCUGGUGCCAUUGACCAGUCCUCCUGUACUGGGACACCCCUAUCCUCCACUAUCACCUCACCUGAAGACCCUGUUAGCAGUAGCCUGGCCCAGUCUGUGAUGUCCAUGGCCUCUUCUCAGAGCCAGCACUCCCAGCUCAGCACUGACACCUUGUCCUCCAUGUCUGGCUCUUAUUUGGCUGGGGCAGAGGGAGAGGCCCCAGAGACCUCUGUGGAGAGCCGGGGACCAUCCCAGCAGGAGGAAGAGGAAAUACCUGUUGAGAUGAAUGAACAUAACUUUUUAGCGGCAGUGGCAGAAGAGCAGGACUCUGAGGGCAAUGAUGUUACAGAAGAAGACUGUCCAUCACCCUCCCAGGAACCGGGUGGGCGGAGGAGGAGCGAGGUGCCUUGUCCAGAAUUUGACAAUAACAAUCAGGGCCAGUCUGACACCCCCUGCUUGACAGGGCUGGACAAUGAGCAGUGCCCUGAAGGCCGAUUCGCUGGUCUGUUAUAUCUGGGAAUGCACCGACAUGGCCGGGGCCCCCUUCCUCACCAUGCCUCCACCAGUAACAUCAAUCUGGAGGAGCAGGGAACUGACAAUGAGACCGUGAGCCCCAAACAUACCCCCCGUCGUGGACCCCUUGCUGUGUAACUGCCACCCGACCCCAACAGCCAAGCUGCACUGCAAAACUGCAUAUCCUACCACCUCCAAUUUACCCAAGGAAUACAACACAUCCCUACCCAUCCAAACACACUCGCUCUGACCCCACCACCCCCAACUUCCAACCUCUCUUUUUUUUACCAUGGAGAGAAGGCCUUUUCUUGGGUGAAUCAUUGCAGGGUCUUUGUAAAAGAAAGGGGGUGCAUAAGAAAUGGCUUUAUCUUCUGGUUCAUACCUUUUGAUUUGGGACUUUUUUUGCCAAUGCCAUCGUGUAUGGUCUUUUACACAGUGACCCUGACCUUCCGAAAUCUAACCCUGGACUCUUCUUCCUCCCUUUGCAAAGUUCCUUUCAUAGUAUUAAUCUGACAGACAUCAGUCUGCACCCAGAGACAUGCUGAGUCUGAGCAGAUUUCUGUCCUGCCAACACGGGGAAGAGAGGUCUGAAGAAACUGUCCGUGCCUCUUCUCCCCAUCGUUUCCUGAGCUUGAGUGGCUGCUGCUACCCACCUCACACUGGGAGAGACAAUGGUCUAUUGAGUGUUGGUCAAUGGAAGCGCCCAUUGGAAGUCUGGUGGUUCUAUUCUUUUGUGUCUGUUCGAAGUUUUAGGGGGUCUUAUACUGACACAAGGGGACCCAAGCACUGUAGAUGCACAACAGCUGAGAAAGUGUUUUAUAAUCUGGAAAUUAAUUAUUGUAUUACUAUUAUUCCACUUUGGAGGAGACAGCUGACCCACAGAACCUUUUUGCAGACUUCCUCAUAAAUUACAGCUAAACCUGGAUUUGCAUGCAUCUGUCUAAUCUGAAUCUAAUCUGGUUCCCUCUUAAAAUUUACUUUGGAUGUUAUAACUGUAUACUUGUGAGCUAUUAAGUUUAGCAUGUCUCAUCAUACAACAAGGUCUCAGAAUGUAAUUCAGAAGACAUCUUAAAGAAUGUGAGUGUGGGUCAGUGGGCAACUUGCAGUUUUCCUCAAAAGAAAUGCACGAAAGUAAUAAAAAGUGUCAUCAUCCUUUCAGCUCUGUAAACCCCACGGAUACUCUGUCCACAGAUACCCCCUAUUGCAUUGUAAACAUACUACCACCUCAUUUCCAGAUGGAAAUCUAAAUUCACCUGAUUUCUGUUUAAAUGGAAUGCACUGGUAAUUUAUCAAAAUGACUCGGUUUCUGUUGCAGCAGUGUUAAAAAGCUUUGCGAAUUUCCAGUAUGUAAGAGAACUGUCAUGAUCAGAGAUAAUAUGUAUAGGGAUAGCUGGUCAUGCAGAGGAUAGUUUUGAGGUUAGGUCUAUCUCUUUUCCUGCAGUUUCAACACUGGCAUCAUAGUAUUUACACGACGUACUGACAGUAUAGUUGUGGAAAGAGGUGCUUUAGAACUGGAGUGUGCACAACCCUGAACAAAAUACACUGUAAAGGAAUCAUAAUGGCACAGAGUGGCUGCUUACUGUAGUGUCAGUAUUUAAUGUAGAUCAAUAGGACAAAAUGUUGUAUUUCCUCCCUGAUGUGUGCCAUCCAUCCCCAUUUGAGAACUAGAUAACUCAGUUUUUUAGUUCAAUGAUUCUGCGUUCAUAUGACUGACUUCAUAUGUGCAUAAUGCCUGCACCCUGACUAUAAAAUAUCCCCACAGAUUAAGAUUCGCUCAACACCCCAAACCAGACAUUCUCUGCCUUUUGAUCCAUGACACCACAUCUCUUUAUCUGGGUCAGAUUCAUUCUGUGUCUAUCCUUGUGUUUCAGUUAUUCAUCCAAACCAAUACUGUCGGAUGGUUUCACAGCUCUGGACCAGAAUUGGUCUGAGGUUACGGGUAUCUUACCUAGAGUCUCAUUUUAUAUGGCAUUUGUGCUGAGUAGAAACCAUGGGUAGGCUUUCAUUUUUUUUUUCAUUUUAGUUUAAUAAUUUUGUUAGCUUAGACUGUUGUCACUGGUGUUACAUGUUUCAUGUGUUUAUUUGUUGAAGCUGUUUAUUAUAUUGGAUGGUUAUGUCAUUUUUUUUUUAAAUCCAGCAUUGUACUUUAAAAGGGACAGUAAUACUGAUAAUGAAUGCACUACCUAGUCUUUCCUAGACCACAGAGCUGCGGUGCAUGUGACAAGUGUAGAUUGAGCAUGGUAACCUAGGCCAGUCCACACAAGUCAGUAGUAUACCUCCACGCAGAUCUCCCUCAAGUGCAUUUGCACUGUAAUCCUACCCUUUCUUUACCAACAGUACAGUUCUUUUCCUCUUGUGCACCAUUAGCCAAUUCUCAGUUCAAACCUUGAUUCUUAAGUCAUCACGACAACAUCAGAAGUUGACAGGGCAUUUUCGUCAUCUCCUUCAUUUCACCCUUUCAAAGGAAAGGGCUGUCUUUCCAGUAAUAUCUUUUAUAGAGUACUGAGCAAUGUGUUACUCAAAUAAAACCACAUAAAAUAAAAAGAAAAAUACAAUAAACACCUUUCUAAAAACUCAAA